CAGGCAACGCGCCUAGAGACAGGGCGUUGCGUCACUGAGGCGCGACAGUGUCGCCCGUCGAGCCGCUUCCAGCGGCGUUCCUGAGCGGCUGGUGGAGCAGCGUCGCUGCUGCAGGGACCACGAUGCCUUGAGCCUGUGAAAUUAUGUGAAGCAACACUUUCUGAAUUCUAAAAGACAUCAUUUCAUCAUGGGACAGCAAAUUUCAGAUCAGACGCAACUGGUUAUUAACAAGUUACCAGAAAAAGUAGCAAAACAUGUAACAUUGAUUCGAGAAAGUAGCUCCCUAACUUACGAAGAAUUUCUUGGGAGAGUAGCUGAACUCAAUGAUGUAACGGCUAAAAUAGCUGCUGGCCAGGAGAAACAUCUUCUCUUUGAGGUACAGCCUGGUUCUGAUUCCUCUGCCUUGUGGAAGGUGGUCGUACGGGUGGUCUGUACCAAGAUUAACAAAAGCAGUGGCAUUGUAGAAGCAUCACGGAUCAUGAAUUUGUACCAGUUCAUUCAGCUUUAUAAAGACAUGACAAGUCAAGCGGCAGAAGUGUUGGCUCAGAGCUGCACCUCUGAGGAGCCCGAUGAAAACUCAUCUUCUGUAACUUCUUGUCAGGCUAGCCUUUGGAUGGGAAGGGUGAAGCAGCUGACUGAUGAGGAGGAGUGUUGCAUCUGCAUGGAUGGACGAGCUGACCUCAUCCUGCCUUGUGCUCACAACUUUUGCCAGAAGUGUAUUGAUAAGUGGAGUGACCGACACAGAAACUGCCCUAUCUGUCGCCUGCAGAUGACUGGAGCAAAUGAAUCUUGGGUAGUGUCGGACGCACCCACAGAGGACGACAUGGCUAACUACAUUCUUAACAUGGCUGAUGAGGCAGGCCAGCCCCACAGGCCAUGACCUUGUGGGGAAGAGCUUCUUUUGUUAUUGUGAGCUGCAAACAGGAUGUGAUCAUAGAGGAAGAGCAGAGGUAUCUUGUGGCACAGAUACAGAAAAACUAAUUUUUCCCAUCUUAUUUUUGUUAUUCUGAUAAUGUGUCCCAUUUUUAAAAUAAACUUUCCGUGUCUUCCAUUCACAGUAAACUAAAAUUUGCUACUGUUUUAGACUGUAUUUUAUGUGUUCUAAUGUAUAUUAGAACUAAUUGCUCUUGACUCCUUUGCUAGCAAAUAACAGCAAUAUUUCCAGAAGUUUUGGACAAACUACAGAUUUUGAGAGCAGGUGUAUUCUGGAAUCUGUUUAGUUACAUCUUAAAAACUGGAGUUUUGAAAAGCUGCAACUAUCUGAGAGAAAAAUUUUAAUGGCUAAAAACAUAGACUAUGUGAAAGUGCAUGUUACUACUUUAGUCUUUCUGCUGGAAUCGAAGGAGUAUGUAUACGCCCUCUUGUGGUUAGCUAAUGCUCCUUUAAUAAUUUUUACUUGAAGUGAUCUGAUCCACAAUUUCCUAACUAUGUGACUUCAGCAGUGUGUGUUUUUCAACUACAUAGUUUUUACUUUGUCUUUUUUCUUUGUCUUUGUCUUUUUACUUUGUCUUUUUAUAGUGAAGACUAUAAAGUUGGAACUUUGCCUUAUAAAUGAAUUUCUGCGGGAGAGUCCUCUUGAUUGUUCUGGAAAUACCUUUCCAAAGCUGAAAAACUGUUUCAAGCAACUUUUGAUAAUGUUCGUACAUCCUAGAGUUUCAGAAGGAAAUUUUUCAUCACAGUACAUACCUUUACACUUACAGAUUAUGAUGAAUAAUUUUAUAUUGAUUUAUGGUGCUUUUAUUUUAACUCAAAGGCAUCUUUGUGAGGUUUCAAAGUUCUCAAAUUUCUUUUCAAAUUUCUUAGGUAAAGAAAGGAACUUAGGGUAAGGCUUCUUUGCCAUAUACAUGUAAAAUACCUCUUCAAGCCAGCAAAUAAUUUGGUAUCUUAUUGUUUCACUCUGUUUCCUUGGAAAGUCUAAAGAAAUAUAGUAAAUGGAAUUAUGAUCUUCAGUAGCACCUCAACCAAUUUGUAGAUUUUGUGAAGUAAAAAUUUUAACAUUAAAAUUUCAGCAUAGAAUAAAGCUAGGGCCUGAAGUCUCCUUUAAAACAAUUAUUUUAACAUUCCAUGUAAAUUUUCUGACCUAUUCUUGGUAUCUUGCAAAUACUACUAUUUUUCUAAGUAGCAAAGUAUACCAAAUUGCUGCUUAUUGAUGGCGUAAGUUUUGGAUGUUAAGAUUUUAGUAAGUAUGCAAAUAAAAUCCAUUUCAAGAAAAAAUGUCUAAAACAACUUUUUUUUUUUUGCCCCCACAACUGAAUGUUGAUAUUCAUGCUGAGGGCUGCUAAGUACCAAAAAGUAAAAUACUCACUCUUGUUGGUUUAUACAAGCAGAGUUCUGUGGACUCUUACUAACCUGGUAGUAUGCCUGAUGGUUAUAUAAUCUUGAGAAAAUCUUUUCCUCAUUUGUAACUUCCUCUUUUAGAAACAUAUUUUCUCUAUGGUUUUUGAACUGUUGCAGCAGUAAAAUCAUCUUUUCUCCCAAGUAAAAUCUUAGCACCCUAGCCAGGCGUGGUGGCACAUGCCUGUAUUCCCAGCACUCAGGAGGCUGAGGCGAGAGGACCACUGUGAGUUCAAGGGCAGCAUGAACUACAUGGCAAGAGCCUGUCUCGAAAAAAAAAAAAAAGAAUUCUUUUUUUUUUGGGUCUUUUUCCUUUUUACCGAUACCAGGGAUCGAACUCACGACUGCCUGCUUGCAAGGCAGGCGCUUAUGCCGCUGAGCUAAAUCCCCAGCCCCCCAAAAAAAGAAUUCUUAAAACUUACACGUGUGCAGGCAUACAUCAUAUUCCAUAAGUCAUGUUAAUACUAAUUCCCUUAAAUACUCCAUUAAAUAAAUAUUAAGUCAACCAGUGAAAAUAUAUAAUGCACUGCUGGUAUAUGGUAUAUUAGAAUUUGAUGAGUAAUAAUUUUGACAGUUUAAAAAAUUUGAGGUGGAGGGGUCAAAAGUUUCAGUUCAAGUCAAAUUUGCAUAUUUCUGAAUCUCCAUUGAUUUUUAAUAUUCUACAGAAAGAAUUGUGGGAUAAGAGAUCCUCUGGGAUGUUCUCCAGCUCUAAAUAUUAAAGUUGUAUUUUGGAUUAGACUUGCUGUGUUUAAUUCAGAUUGCCUAAUUUCCAAAUGUCUCUGAAAGUGAACAAUGUUGGUUUACAAGUUUUUGAGCUUUCCAGGUAUAGCUAAUGACUUGUCCCAGAAUCCUUUCCCCUUGGAGAAAUUACGGGGUUGAGCCCAAUGAGCCCAGUGACUUGAUAUUGGCACCUUUGUUUCUUACAAUAUGCACUCCAAGACACUAACUGAUGUACUGUGAAAUACAAAUGUUUUAUACUAGCCUUAUCAAAGAAAUGGACAUGGUUCUCUGCUCAUGCCGUUAAAACUGGGUGGUAAUUCCUUAAAUAUGAAUGAUUGGUAGGUUCUACUGUAAUACUUAAUAUAAAUGUUGUAAAUUUGUUUAAUAGAUAAAAUGUACAUGUUUUUCCUACUCUGUACAGUUUUGUCUUUUUUAAAUAUGAAGUACUUAAAUGCACUUACUAUGAUAGGAAAUAUGUGUGCCUUCUGGGACUUGUGAAAUAGUCUAAGAAAUGUGUCCUAUAAGUUAUACAGUGUUCUCUCUCCUAACUCAGUAACAAAGGGUUUACUAAUUAUGCUAGAACUUUAGUUUGAGAAGAUGAGUUUGUGUACUGAAUUUAGAGGUUGACAACAGUAUCUGUUUUAUUAAGAAACUGAUAAAUUGUGCAAUAAAUAAUCUUGAGCAAGAAGUAUUUGCUGACUUAAAAUAUUUCUUAUGUAAUUUCAUUUUCAUAUAUACUAAAUAUUUAUAUUCCUUAGAGGACUAUUUUAUAUUGUGCUUUGGAGGGUUGUGAAAUUUGUGUGCUAUGUAUUGAGACUAAUUUUAAAUUGAACUUGAUUUCCUUUACCUAAUAUGUAUCUAAUGAGAAUACUUGGAAAGAUCUUUUGGCUCAGUGAUUUUAACAUUAGGAAGUUGAAUUCAUUAAAAGGCAGUCUGGAGAAUUUGCAUUUUUAACUGCUGUGUCUUUGACCUUUCUUGUCUACCAGAAAUAAGAUAACUACUUGGAGACUGGGGAGAUCAGUUGAUCACCCACAUUUAUGAUGGGCAACAUAAUAAUACAAAUAGUUGACAUAUAGUUUCAUUUAUUUUCAUUUUUUAAAUUUUGGUCCAGUAAAAAUAACUGAUAAACUA